AUGAAUCAAUACAAGUGGAAAGCGCGCACAGUGUAUGCAUCUCGGGAAGAGUUCAAGGACAUUGUGACUGUAUAUGCUGUACAGACCGCUAGGGCAAUCACAUUUAGGAAGUGUGAUCUGCAGAGGACACCCCAGGGAGGAAAAUUGCUCACUGCCAUUGGUUGGAAUCCGAAUGACCAAAUGCUGCCCAUUGCAUAUGCGGUUGUAGAGGCCGAGACCAAGGACUCAGGGACUUGGUUCCUAAAUCAUCUUGCAUCUGACAUUGGGGCUGAGAAGAUGGGAAGAUCCACAUUCAUAUCUGACCAGCAGAAAGGUUUGUUGCCAGCAUACGAGGAUGUUAUACCAGGAGUGGAUAAUCGAUUUUGUGUGAGACACUUAUACAGCAACUUCAGAAAAAGAUUUCCAGGAUUACAAUUGAAGCAACUCAUAUGGAAGUGUGCUAAGGCAACUUACUGGAAGGAUUGGGAGAGGUACAUGGCCGAACUGAAAGCUAUGAAUCAGGAAGCUUUUUGGUACCUAAAUGCUAUCCCUCCUAGGUAUUGGUCUAGAUCUAGGUUCACCUAUAAUUCUAAAGUAGAUACACUAGUUAACAAUAUGUCUGAGAGCUUUAAUGCUGCCAUAGUUGAUGCUAGAGAGAAGCCUAUAGUUACGAUGUUAGAGGAGAUCAGGGUUAAACUAAUGACUAGGUGGGCAGAGAAUAGGGAUCUUGUUCAGAACUAUUCAGGGACAAUAUUACCUAGGAUUAGAAUCAGGUUGGAGAGGAGGUCUAGAUCUGCUAGACAAUGGCGGCCAUAUUAG